CCAGUCUGUCUCUUGGACAGCAUUUCUUUUUUCGCGUUAACGUAUAGUUUUAACCUCAGCGUGGACAUUUAACAUGGCUGGAUGGGCGGUUAAGCAAGCUUCCGCUCCAGUCUCUUGAAAUCUGCAUAAUAAACCAGGCUAGUAUGGAUACUUUAGCUUUACUAGCAUGCUGGAUUAGCUGGAUCGUUAGCUUGACAUCGUGGCUAUGCAGCCAUGGCGCUAAUGCGGUUGCACUUCGGUAGCUGCUAAUAUUGGCAAGGCCGCCAUUGGCGUCGUGUUUGCCGUUUAAACCGCUGCAGCGAAGGAGGGUGGGAGCUCGUGCGCUCCUAGCUCUUUCGUGCACAUUGUUUUCUUUUUUUCCCGAUCGUAUCCUUACUUCGACACUUUAAGGAUAAUAGUUUACCUCGCAACGUGUCGUCUGUGGUUUUAGUGUGUAUUUUGUCACAGGAUAUUCUGUGUCAAGGCUGCUAAAUCCACAUCCAUAUACCCCAGUUUCUUAAUUUAGUCCUCAUCCGGCAUAAAAACGGAGGUCGCCGGGCUGGAGUGUGUUCUCAUGGCCGAGUCAGAGACUGAAUGUGACACGCCUGGCCUUGACACGCUUGGGUCGGAGUGUGUCAUAGCCCACAGUCAUGUCGACCUUCACUAUGGAGCGGAAACGGAGAUCAUGACAGAGGAAAAGCGUGGCCUGGAGCUGGAGAUCCAUGGAGGUGACCUAAAGAUUCAAGGGUUGGGGACAGAGCUUGGUGCUGUAACUUGUGUGGAGGCCAUUGUUGCUGAGUCGGAUCAUGAUUACAUUAAGGUGGAACCUGCUGAUAUGCACUGCUUCACAGCAGCUGAAAUCAAGACCACAGGGACGGAGACUCUGUUGGGAGAGGUUCUGCUUAAGACAGACAGUGAGCACAUGGUUAAAGUGGAAUCCGACCACGGCGGGGAGCUGACAGUGGAGUCCGAGAAUGGUGUGAUCAUACACGAGGCCCACGGGCUGCAGUGCAAUGAGUGCGGGGAGAUUUUCGGUAGCAUAGCGGAUCUUCACCAACACUUUGAGAUCCACAAAGAUCUCAACCCGUACAUCUGCGUGCACUGCGGUGAGAGCUUUGCCGUUGAAGCCAGCCUCAAGCAACACAUGAAAAUCCAUAUGAAAGAAAUGCCGUACGUUCCUCCCGGAGUUGAGAUCAUGGGCAAAGAUGUCAUAGAUGCCUUCAGCCUCAAAUCACAUCAAAUGAUUCAUUUGACAGACAAGCCCCACAGAUGCUCAGAGUGUGGCAAGAGCUUUGCAGCAGCAAUCACACUGAGAGAACACAUGAAGAUGCAUUCUGAGGACAAGCCGUACAAAUGCACUCAGUGCAGAAAAAGCUUCGUUCGUAGAAGACAUCUGAAAAAGCACCAAGAGGUCCACGCUCGUGAGAAGCCAUAUACUUGCGGCCAGUGUGGCAAGGGCUUCGCAACAACUUCCAACCUAAAGCAGCACCAGAAAACCCACGCCGCGGUCGUUCUUGGAGACAAACCCCACCGCUGCGCACAGUGUGGAAAAUGCUUUGCGGCCGCCGCCACUCUUCGAGAGCACCAGAGGGUCCACUCGGGAGAGAAGCCGUACAAGUGCAACAUGUGCAGGAAGAGCUUUGUCCGCAAACGCCACCUAAAAAAGCACCAGCAGGUCCACGCUGGAGGGAAGCCCUACACCUGCAGGCAUUGUAACAAGGGCUUCAACCACUCCUCGUCUUUGUCUCGCCAUCACAAAACUCACCUGCAGAAUCCUGUCUUUUCCCCGCCUCUGCCUGGGAAACCCAUGUCCUAUGCCACACCCCCAAAACAGAGGGUGCUCCAGGAGGGAGAAAAACCCUACAUGUGUCAUUUCUGUGCCAAGGGCUUCAAUCAUUCAUCCUCUCUGUCUCGCCACCAAAGAGUCCACUCUGAGGGCAAGAGCUACACCUGUGGGCAUUGUGGUAAAACAUUCACCCACUCCUCCUCUCUUGCAAGGCACCAGAGAGUCCACUUGGAAAACAAGCAGCAGCAACAGCAGGAGCAGCAGCCACAAACGCCUCAGCCUCAGUCGCCGCAGUACGUCACCAUCCACACAGGAAAGGCAUUCCCCAACAAUGCCUUCUCCAAGCAGCACACCCCGACCAGUGAAAAGAGAUACAGGUGCUCACAGUGUGGAAAAGGCUUUAACCAUUCAUCAUCCCUCUCCAGACAUCACAGAAUCCAUGUAAACCAUUGAGCCUUGUCACGAGUGGUCCCAUAUUAAAGCGCCCACAUUCCCAAACCCCCUCGUUUCUGUCCUAUGAAUUUUUUUUUUUAAUGGUGUCCCACUUUACAGACACGAUACACAACAGAGAGGUCUGUAUCGGUGUGUGAUGGUUUAGUGGAGCAUCUGGACAAACUUUAAAAUAGGAAGUGGUUUUGUGUAACGGACAUGGAACUGGACCCCGGCGGGGCUUUGCGCCCAGAACACGAUGCUAGAUUGUGAAGGAAUCUGUUCUUGAACGAGAAUGCUUCCAUUCCUCCAAGACAUCCUGAUCGAAAAAAAUAUGAUCUAUGUGAAAAGGUUGUUUUUAUGGGGGAUGGUCAGUGCUUUCCUUCCUGGGCUUUUGAUAGAUGUUUGGUUUGGGGGCACAUUAGCAGUUCAUCUACAAUUUUAGUCAAAGCUAUAUAAACGAGCGGGGGGAAAAAAUCUUGCUUCUAUAUCUUUCUUAUACCUACAUAACUCGGAUGAAGCAAAUAUGAAAAGAAUCCAGUGUAAAUAAUCCACUGAUUUUUCUUUUAUAUUUCUGUAUAGGUGACUAGUGUGCUGUUCUGGAAAAAAAAUGACAGUUUUGAUAGUAUGAUCCACUUGCUCCCUUUUUAUUUUCUUUUAAGUGAUGAAGAUGUGGGUGUUCCCAUGCACACUGGGCUCCAGCAGAUUCAGAGCCGUCUUGUAUAUUUAUGAAAUUGUUUUAUUUUUUUUUUUUUUUUGUUUUGUAUGUCUAUGAUGGUUUAGCACUGCGGCAUAGACUGUACAGAGCAAUACUGACUGACAUCCUGAGUCUGUUAUUACAUGCAAUUUAAUCAUGAUAAAAAUGCAUUGUAGAAAAUAAAAGCCCUUUGGGUAGCAUAUUGUAUCACGCCCCGUGUCCCAGUUAUUUACCAUGUGCUUUUUCAACAGCACACAAGUUCUGAAUGUACAUGACCAGCUAUAUAAUACUAUAUUGCUUUGGAGACAAAUGACUUGUGUAUAGACUAGGUAACUAUUGUUGCUCCUCAAAAUACUACAAUUUGAUCUGAAAAGGUUGUGUAUACUGAAAGACAUGAGAAUCUCAUUUUACAAGAAUUUUAUGAAGUCCAGUGGAUUGCGAUCGAUUUACUGUUCGUGUAAAAUAUCUUUUACAAACUGAUGUAUUUUUUUAGACAUGGUUUGGGUUCUAUGAAAGGGAAUGAAAAAGAGAGGCAGUUUGAAAUGAGUGAACACUUUGGUGAGCAAUAUUUUUCCCUUUUUUUUUAAAUUUUGGAUUACAGUUCUUCAAACUGUAGCAUAGGUUUCUUCCUUGUGUUAGUUAGGUGCCUUAUUGCAUGCUGUGUAGAAAUGUAUGCCAAGCUGUUAUUUGAGAAAAAAAACUUAAGGUUGUCAAAAGUCUUUAGUUCUUCAUACUUACCCUGCAUUUUUAUUUGAUGUCACAGCUAACCUUUUUUUUUUUGAUUUAAUGUAUGUUAUGUGUUUACAAUGUUACAACCAAAUUGUCUCUUAUUUUUGUCCCUUCAUUUUUGUUUAUGGCCUCACAGAGAAAAAUGUAAACGAUCCAUUUAGAGUCCUCUUAAGGGCGAAUCCUGUAACACCUCUUCCCUAUCUGAGUGGCACAUUUAUGGAUAAAUAAAGGUUGUUGACUGUC